AUUGUGGACACCCCUGAGGUUUCUUUUUUUUUUUUUCCUGAAUCUGUUUUUCCUUCUUGCAAAGGAUGGUCUAAGGGCAGGGAUGUCCAGUUUAUUUUAGUCUGUUUAGUUUCGUUUAGCCUAUACCUAUUGCACUCUAUGAGUUUAUGUUCUUUUUGAUUCAUUUUUAUUACACAAUUACCUAUAUGAAGCCCAUUUAGAUGACUAUUGUUGUAAAUAUUGGGCUAUAUAAAUAAACAUUGAAUAAUUGAAUUUAAUUAGGUUCUAUUGAUCUCUUUUUGAAGCAUUUAAUUCAUGCAAACGCAGGUCAAUAUUGCUAUUCAUGCCAGUUUGUAUGAUGCUUUCGUUUCUUUUCUUGUUUGUUUGUGUCUCUUUUUUUAAGGGAGAUUACUGGUCCAUGACUAGGUGGAUGUUUAUGAGACAAGAAGGAUGCAGCUUUGAUGUUUUAGGUUACCCUAAUUGAAUGUAGAAAGAGGGAAAUUCCAGCUUAAUUUAAAUUUGAUAAAUCAAAGAGACAAAGAUCACAUCCGCCCUGAUAUUAGGUGUGACACAUCUUUGGUAAAGACAAAUAGAUCCAUGUAUGUCCUUAUGCUCUGCAGAAACUACGUCAUAGAAAAUGACGAAGGUUUUUUGGAUUUCACCAAAACAAAUGAUGCCAAAACACAAAUAAGAAUUUCUGCAACUGGACUAAACAUUGUCAUUUCUCGUUUCCUUUUUUCAUUUCAUUUCCAAAUUCUAAGCAUCUUAGCCUAAUCUUCACAGUGCUAAAGUACAAACGAUUAAGAAGCACCAACACGAGAGUUGAAAUCACGUGCAUGAGACCUGAGGGUACAUUCUUGAAACUGAUUAAUGCAUGUAGGAAAUAAAGACAAAAAAGAAGAGUGAUAAGAUGUGAUGACACAAUAUUAAAAAAGUCAAAUCUGAGGAGCUGUCAUUAUAAUUCAAGCACUAAAAGAAAAGAAAUGUGAUCUCUCGAAAAAACCUGGUGGAACCAGACAUCAGAGAUUCUACCGCCUAGAGUGGGAUACAAACAUUUUACCCUGUGUAAUGAUUAAGCUUUUCUUGGGGCAGACAAUUGAGUAAAGUCAGAAGAUUUUCAUGGGGCUUCAUGAGAUUUUUAAAUCUCAGUACUCCUGCUUUCUCCAUUUAUCUAUUCCUGCUUAGUUUUUUGCUGUGCCGUUGGGAUGCUGGAGCCUAUCUUAUAGCUACUUUUGGGGAGAAGUAGCUGGACAGUUUGUGCAUCCAUAUCAAAAAGACACGCAGGAUCAUUUAGAUUAAAUCAAUCAAAGCAUGUUUUGGAGCUGUGAGGAGAUGCUGGAGUGUGCAGAGAAAACCCACUCAUAUACAUGCAUGGCUUAAGGUUGGAUUCUUGAAGGGCCACUACAGCACCGAGCCCCAUCCAGUGUUUUAAACUAAUAUGAAACUCAAUGAACUCAACCCUCAUAUGUUUGACUCAUUUUCUGGUUUGUUUCUGUGUGAUCAGAGGAUGAACUGAAGUGAACUUCUGACCACCAGGAUGCACCUGACGGAACAGGGAAGGCCUUCCAAUGACUGACUGCUUAAAAACUUCUUUUCUUAUAAACUAUGAAUCAUAGACUCUUUAAACAUUUUGGUUAUUUCUUCAACCAAGUUCUUGGGUUAUUCACCUUGCUUUUAGGGACACUUUUUGGAGCAAAAUAUAUCUUGGGUUACAGUGGUUUCAUUUGAACCCAAUUUAUGUUUUUAUUUUCUCUUUUUUUUCCGAGUUACAAUAACUCAGGAAAAAGGUUAGUACCUUUUGAACUUCUGGGUUAGGUUAAAAACAGACCAGUUUAUUUUAAAUUAUGGAGUUUUUAGAAGAAUUUCAGGAAAAUAAAAUAGAUUUUAUGUUGAAUCGUCUAUUAUGUGUAUAAUAAAAUGUGGAAACUGAGCCUCAGGAGCCUCUGAGGUGCUAUAAACCGCUUGCGCCAAUGACGAUCCUCUGACCUGCCUCCUCCUCUUGUGAAUAAAAAGCUCUCAUCGAGCGUCUUUGCUGAUUUCCUUCAGUCACCAUGCUGCAGCUUUUGACCUUUCUUGUAGAAAAACUUUCUCUUCUGUUCAGACUCAAGUAUUUCGAGUCUCCCUGGUGGGAGAGCGAUGAUCGGGGGCGCGCCGCACCGCGCGCUCCCCCUCCACCCCUGCAGAGGGGGGACCUGCUGGAGGUGCCGAGAACGCUCUUCACCCACUUUGGCAUCUAUCUGGGCGACAACAAAGUGGCGCAUUUGAUCCCAGACAUCCUCCCCGUGUUUACAAGCAACAGCAGGCUCCUCCGCUCCGUCAUCACCAACGACAGACUCAUCCUGGGCUGCAUCUACAGGAGGGCAUCGGUGAGAGUGGACUCGCUGGAGGACUUCGCGUACGGAUCCAGCAUCCUGGUGAACCGCGCGGACAGGAUGAUGCAGACGCAGCCGCUGCCCGGCGAGCGCGUGGCCCAGAGGGCCGAGAGGCUGCUGGGAGACGUUCAGUACAGCCUCCUGUGGAACAACUGCGAGCACUUUGUCACAUUCUGCAGAUACGGAUCUGCCACCAGCAGGCAGACUGAGAAGUUCUGUGAAAGUUUGAAAUCUCUGAUCAGAGACCAGCGGAGUGUCAUCAUCACAGGACUUCUUGGCUUUAUCUCAUUGGUUUGCUUUGGCGUCGCUCCUUCAACCACUGUACCCACCGUUCUGAUCCCCUUCUCUUUGUGGAUGGCAGGUUGAGGACGCUUUCUUCAUCGGCAAAAGGAAAAAACUUGACACAAACAUGAGUUGGACGAAAACUUCCCUGUAUCGCCUUUAUCAUGUGGCUUCAAAGACUUAAGACUCAAACGUGUUCAAAAUGCUACAAUAAUAUUGUAGUUACCUUUGUAUAGAAAUACCAUUAUAAUACUAUCAUGUUUUUCUUUACAGCCUAUGUACUGAAAAUGUUAAUAUUUCUUUUCUUAUCUGCCAGUACUGUCAUCCACGAACGACCUAUCCCUGACUGAAAAUUGUAAAAUGUUGUGAUAAACUUUUAUACAUUGCAAUAAUUCAUAUAAAGAAAAGCUGAAUAAAACAGUUAUAUAC